ACACCUCAUGGCUCACGCGAAUACCACACCACACCUCACGGCGUCCAUUCGUUCCCGUCUCGUCUUCCGCUGCUUGCCUCCGACUCCCCCACGCGUCGUCUCGUGCUUCCCAAUCCCCAUAGAGCCGGUUGAUCCCCAAAGGCCCAUGGUUUUCUCCGACGCCGCGUCGCCUCUCGUAGCCACUGCCGCUGACUCUGCUUCCUCCUGCGUCGCCCACCUCCGCUGCUGCUGUCGCGUUAGUUGUUGCUGUUGUUGUUGAAGACGCGUUGCUCGCUAGGGUUCGUGAUUUCUCGCCGAUCGAUUCGGGAACUGGUAAGCUAUGGAUCUCUCGCGGCCCGCAUCGUCAGACCUCUCGCUCGGGCUGCACUCGCAUGCCCACGCCCACGCUCGCGUGCACGCGGCAGCCGCGCCGCUGCGCCUGUUCGACGACGCGAAGCCGGAGCGCCUCGUGGCCGGUGAGGCCGACGCGGAGAGGGACGACGGGGACGGGGGCGACCAGCACUUCUCCCUCCUCGGGCACUCCCUCUGCGUCAAGCGCCCGCGCCGCGCCGUCAACGGCGGUGGGGGUGGGGGCGGAGAGACGUCAUCCUGCUCGUCCACGUCCCCGGCGCUGCGCCCCGCCAAGCGGCAGGCGGCGGGGGAAGAUAGCGGCGCGGAUCUGGAGACCCGCCGCGCCGCGGUCCGCUCCUGGGGCAACCAGUCGCUGGCGGAGGCCGACCCGGAUGUGCACUCGCUGAUGGAGCAGGAGCUGGCCCGCCAGGUGCGGGGCAUCGAGCUCAUAGCGUCGGAGAACUUCGUCUGCCGCGCGGUGCUCGAUGCGCUCGGCAGCCACCUCACCAACAAGUACUCUGAGGGGGCCCCGGGUGCUCGCUACUACGGCGGGAAUCAGCACAUCGAUGCCAUCGAGCGGCUCUGCCAUGAGCGCGCCCUCACUGCCUUCGGUCUCGACCCUGCCUGCUGGGGCGUCAACGUGCAGCCGUACUCGUGCACGUCUGCCAAUUUGGCUGUCUACACUGGUCUUCUUCAACCCAAGGACCGCAUCAUGGGGCUGGAGCCACCGUCGGGCGGCCAUGUUAGCCAUGGUUACUACACGCCCAGUGGCAAGAAGGUGUCAGGUGCCUCUAUUUUCUUCGAGAGCAUGUCGUACAAGGUGAACCCACAGACUGGGUAUAUUGAUUACGACAAGCUCGAGGAGAGAGCAAUGGAUUUCCACCCGAAAAUUCUCAUAUGUGGUGGGAGCUCUUACCCCAGAGAGUGGGACUUUGCUCGGAUGAGAUUGGUUGCUGAUAAGUGUGGUGCAGUGCUUCUUUGCGAUAUGGCACAUAUCAGUGGGCUUGUUGCAGCAAAGGAAUGUCGUAGCCCUUUCGACUACUGUGAUGUUGUUACGUCAACUACUCACAAGAAUCUUAGGGGCCCUAGAGGUGGUAUAAUAUUCUUCAGGAAAGGGAAAAAUUUAAGGAAACGAGCUGGAUCUUUUUCUCAAGGAGAUGAGAAUGAAUACGACUUCGAGGAUAGGAUAAAUUUUGGUGUUUUUCCUUCAAUGCAAGGGGGACCCCAUAAUAAUCAUAUUGCUGCCUUGGCUAUUACUCUGAAGCAAGUCGCAACUCCUGAGUAUAAAGCGUACAUUCAACAAGUCAAGAAAAAUGCUCAGGCUCUGGCAUCAGCGUUGCUCAGAAGAAAAUGCAGAUUGGUUACUGGUGGCACAGAUAAUCACUUAAUACUUUGGGAUCUCAGAACUCUUGGCUUGACUGGUAAGAUCUUUGAGAAGGUCUGUGAGGCAUGCCACAUAUCUAUCAACAAGACACCAAUUUAUGGGGAUAAUGGCUCAAUAUCCCCUGGUGGUGUGCGGAUCGGAACACCUGCAAUGACUACUAGAGGUUGCCUAGAAGAGGACUUCGAGUCGAUUGCAGACUUCCUCAUAAGGUCUACUCAGAUUGCUAGCAAUGUUCUGAAAGAACAUGGCAAAGUGCAAAAGGAGUUUCUAAGAGGCCUAAUGAACAAUAAGGAUGUUAUGGAACUCCGAAAUCAGGUUGAGGCAUUUGCGUCACAGUUUGCUAUGCCAGGUUUUGAUGUAUGAAUGUGCAUAUAUACUGUAGUCAGCAAUUAUCCAGAUUCACAGCAACAUUGUCAUCCGCUCAGUUCCUCGAAUACUAGCAAGUCUUGCUCUCGACUGCACAACGAUUAGGAGAGUUUUUAUUAGGUUGUAGAGGGUCUUGACUCUUGAUUUUGAUUCAAACAGGAAAGUUGUGAUGAGUUAUGUAUGUCAACCUUGGUAUCACGAGUUACUAUAGUCUAUAGGAGACCUGUUGUGGCCUUCGGAGACCUGUUGCUGCCGAGACUGAAUAAGCUUACCAUAUGAUUUCUGGCU